AUGGACGUCGCCGCGCUGAAGGUGGUGGAGCUCAGGGCGGAGCUGAAGAAGCGCGGGCAGCCGACGACCGGGCGGAAGGCCGAGCUCGCCGCGCGGUUGCGAGCGCACCUGGACGCGAAGGCGACGACGACGACGACGACGACGACGACGAAGGCGAAGGCGAAGGCGUCGAAAGCCGAACGCGCUCCGACCGCGCGGCCGCCGGCGCCGCGCCCGAAGCGGCGCGCGCUGCGGACGUGGGUCAAAGUCGUCGCGCCCCUUCUCGUCGCGAUCGCGCUGGAGGCGUCCCACGGUCUCCUCGAGACGUUCGUCGCGUGGCAGCACGACUACUUCGCCGUCGGGGUGGAUCCGUGUUCGGGCGCAGAGUACGACGUCGCGAUCGUCCUCGGGCACGACGUGAUGCCGAACGGCGACGUGUCCCCGCCGCUCGCCGCGCGCGUGGACGCCGGCGUGAAGUUAUUCUGCGAGGGGACGGCGAAGAAUCUUCUCUUCAGCGGCGCAUCGGGGGGCGACCCCGCGGCGACCAUCUCGGAGGCGAACGCCAUGAUGAACCACGCGCUGCGCAGGGCGAAGGCGCUCAAGUGCGAGAGGCCGACGACGCCGGCGUUUAAAGUCGACACGCGCUUGUACACUCGAGGGAGCUUCCUGUUGCGCGACAGCAAAGGGAACGAGCUGCGGAUGAGCGAGCGUCACGGCGGGUGCGAGGGGCAGGACUUGGACUCCGGGUGCGCGCCGUUUCGGUGGGUCAUGGAGGAGAGCAGCACGUCCACGCGAGAAAACGCGAUUUACGCGCUGACGGAAUGCGGGAAACGAAACUGGACGAAAGUCGCGGUGGUGACGAACCGGUUUCAUCAGUGGCGCGCGGACGGCGCGUUUCACGUGGUUCGCGUGGAGAUAUCGCCGAUCGCGAGCGGGAUGGAGAAUGACCCGUGGAUUCGGACGCGGACGAUUCGGAUACCGCGAGAGGUGGAGUCGGCGACGAUGUUUCCGCCGCUGCGAGACGGCUUCGUCGCGAGGUUCAGGGAGCUCUGGAGGGCGCAGUACAACGUCGCGCGGGAGGUGGCCGCGAUCGCAAAAUACAAUCUGUGGCGGUGGGUGUAG